GAAUCACUUCUGUUGUAUUUCCCAGCAGAAAUAAAUAUUGAAAUCGUUUGAAUUAUGUAUGCUCUUAUCAUUCAUGAUGCAUAAGAGCAACUGUCACAGAAUAUAGUCAUAAUAAAGCUAUAUUCUUUGGGGAAUUAAGUGUGAACUAUGAACAUAAUAAGACAAAACAUUAUAUAUUUGCCUGUUUCAGUUGCUAAACCAUAUAUUGUAGAAGAACGGUAUUUGGAACAAAAUGGAACAAUUUAUAAAUAAUAAGAAAAUCGUUCGAUUUAAUAUUGGGGGUAAUACAUUUAAGUGCUAUGAGAGAACGCUUUCAACAUUUCCGGAAUCAAAACUUGCAAAUCUUGACAAAGAACAGGAUUCAUUUGAUUCUGAAGAAAACGAAUACUUUUUUGACAGAAAUCCAAUCUUAUUCUCUUUCAUUGUCGAUUCAUUCCGGAAAAAGGCUGUUCAUUUGCCAAAGGAUAUUUGCGGAACUUCUUUCAAAGAAGAACUGGAUUUUUGGGAAAUUCCUCCGCACCAUGUUGCUCCGUGUUGCUGGGAGGCGCUUUAUGGAAGUGAAGAUGUCAUUGAAACAGUGGACUUACUAAAUAAACGUUUUAAGCAAUCACCAAUCUCAACCUUGAGAGCUCAAGACAAAAGAGACUUCAGAACAAAAGUGUGGUUGUUUUUAGAAGAGCCGAAAUCUUCUAGAUCUGCUUUGGUUUGGAGUAUAUUCAUAUCUGUUAUCAUACUGGCAGCCUUGUUUGCAGAUUGCCUGUCAACAGUGAAAAUGUUUCAAGAAAAUUUCUCGGAGAAACAGAUGAAACUUCUGACAAAGUUUGCAGACGCAUUGAACUUCAAAAACUCAACAAUAGAGAAACUAGCAUCUAUUAAACCACUUACAUUUCUUUUAUACACAAAUGCAAUAUUCCAUACUAUCUUGACAGUCGAACUUGUGCUGAGCUUUGUCGUCUGCCGAAACAAAAGGGCAUUUGUUUGCUUUAUGCGACUUGUGAGCUGCUUUGGAUAUAUGUCUUAUUGGAUUUCUUUUACAAUUUAUUUUAAUGUAAAAUAUAUUGGAUCUGUCAAUGUGUUAAUGAUACAGCUGAUGUUUGGCUACCUAUCCAUUUUCAAAAUUGCUCGACUAUUCUAUCUCACAAAAAGAGUACCUGCUUUCCGACUAAUAUGUUUAACAUUUGCUUCGUCUAAACAAGAGCUGACAAUUUUAGUUUUCCUCCUUGGAAUUCUCGUUUGCGUGUUUGGCUAUACUCUAUUUGCCGCUGAACUGUUGCAUGAUUCUAAUAUAGACAACAUAUUUACUGCCAUCUACUGGGCGUUGAUUACAUUGACGACGGUUGGCUAUGGUAAUUAUGUUCCAAGUACAGUUGUUGGUCAUGUGGUUGCUGGAGCAUGCGCAGUGUGUGGAGUGCUUGUUAUCGCCUUGCCUGUUGGAAUAAUCGUAUCGAAAUUUUACAAGUACUAUAACUUUUAUAAGUACAUAAAGAUGCAUUCACGAUAUAAAGAACUAUUGCCUGCACAAUUAAAGGAAUUCAAAACUGUUCCAUCGGAAUCCAACAGUCUGCUUGAAGAAGUAGGUUUGAAACCAAUGAAAACUAUUUAACAAGAGGGCACCUAUGUCGUAUUUUUGAAUUUUAGACUAACAGAAAAAGCUUAUAAAUACAAUAUUUUACCUUUACGUGUCUUGCAAAUACAUUACAUGUUGCGUUGUUGUUAAUUGUAUAGUAACAAACAAUUGUUUUAUUGUAAAUCAUUACAAUUAGAAAUAAUUAUAAAAAAAAGUAUUUUUGGAUUAAGCAUGUGUUUAAAUAAAGGGGAAACAUGCCUGUUCAUGUGCAUGCCUGUAAAGACUAUGUUAAAAGCUAAAAUAUUUCAUUGUAACUUAAAUGAAAUUGAAGAUGUACAAAUCUGAACCGAAUAGACUUCACAGGGGCAACAUAUUAUAUCGCAGUGGACAUCCGUUUCAAAUAACUUGCACUUGAGGGGAGUUCAUACAAAUUACAUUGUGGGUGGUCUACGUACGUGGCAGAGUUGAUUAAGUUGCCGGCUUCAAACCACUUGCUCCUCAUAAUUAUUAGAGGGAAUCUUGGCUAUAGUAACUAAGUCGGUGUAGUUAUUGUAACGCUGAUUUCGUAUUUACAAUAUAUUCUUAA